UUUUGUUGCCAUCGGCUAAUACACAUUUUCAACGCUGCCAUUUUCGUUUUGUGGCACGGAACGGCUGUCGUAGUAAAAAUUUCUAAAGAUAUCUGGGAUAUAUUUAUUUUUCAGCAAAGUGUUACGAAUGUUUAGUUGUGAACGUCGUUAUCAGUGAUCAUUCCAAGGGAGAGCGGUUUUCGUGUCCAUUUCGCCUAGUAAUUGGCGACUUCCUCGGGUGGUACGGUUAUGCAGAGAAGAUAGUAUCAGCGAGCGGUGGUGAGGAUGCCGCUGCCGAAGCGAUGCGUGGAGCCGGUGCACGUGUCCCGCGGCACGGUGCCCGAGCGGCUGCAACUACCAUCAGAGCUGGAGGCCGUCACCAAUGGCACGCUCGCCAACACUGUCAGGCAACUGUCUUCACUGUCGAAACACGCGGAGGACAUGUUCGGCGAACUGACGCGCGAAGCCACGAACUUAGCGGAGCGCACCAAUGUGCUACAAGCAAGGAUCGACCGCCUCGCCAUCAAGGUCACGCAGCUCGACUCCGGCGUUGAAGAAGUUUCCCUCCAAGACAUACAAAUGCGGAAGGCGUUCCGAUCUUCGAGAACGUUCCAGCAGCAACUAUUCUCGCGGAACUCCAUGCCGUCGGCCAUGUUGGACACGUACGCCAAGUGUGACCGACCACCGCCGCUGGAGAAACUCAACGAGUUUAGAGACGACGGCCGAGACGCCAGGAAGUUCUAUACGGAUCCCGACUACUUCUUCGAGCUUUGGCGUCGAGAGAUGUUGCAAGAUACCGAGCGCAUUCAGCACGACCGGGGGAAGAAGGUCCGGCAGCCGCGCAGCAACAGCGGCGCGGACGGGCGCGGCACGCGGCGCGUGCGCGCGCUGCACUCCACGCGGGAGAAGCAGAAGGAAGUGGCUCUCAAGAGAGGCGAGCACAUCAUGGCGCCCAGCCAGCUGCGGCACUACAACAUCGACCAGUACCGCCCCGACCCUGUCUACCAGACGACGAACGUAACGGACGGUGUGUACCGCGCGCCGCAGAACCGCCCGCCGUCGACGCAGCCCGCACGACCCAACUCCAUAGAGAUCGACCAGCAAAAUCGACAGCCCAGGCUCACCGGCAAUGGACAUGCGGUGGUGUCGGAGGAGAGCCCGUACGGGUCGACGGGCGAGCCGGCGUACGGCAGCGCGGCCGGCACGCCGCGCCGCCCGCGGCCCUCCGUGCCGCCGCCCGCGCCGCCCGCGCCCGACCACAGCCCGCACCACGCGCACAACCACGCGCACGCGCACACGCCCACCAGGUCGGCGCUGCCGCCGCCACCGCCGCCGCCCGAGGGCCCGGGUUCGCCGCCCAUGAUGAACGGGGCCUCGCCGCCGCAUCGCACCGCGCUCGACGCCCACCUCGACCACAUGCAUGCUGUUAUCGGCAUGAUGUCCUCAGAAGAAGCAGAUGUAGUGGCGCCUCCACCUCCGCCCCCUGCGCCGCCCGCGCCCCCCGCCAUGCCAGCCGCGCCGUCCCCGCCCGCGGGGGGCAUAGCCCCGGCGCCGGGCGAGGACCGCCCGCGGCCGCCGUCGCCCGGAGCGCUGGCCCGCGGCGCCUCCGCCCUCAAGCCGCCACGACCCGCCGCAGAGCCGCAGCCUGAUCCACGCUCUGACCUGCUCAAGGCGAUACGAGACGGCAUCAAACUCCGUAAGGUGGAGAAGCGCGUAGACGACACGAGCGGCCGCUACGACACGCUGCGCGGCGUGCCGGCCUUCCUCGACGUGGCGUCCAUCCUGGCGCGGCGCGUGGCCGUGGAGCUCAGCGACACCAGCUCGGGCGCCGACUCCGACUCCGACGACUCGGACCAGUGGACGGAGUCCCGCGCGUGA